AUGGCAGCAGCACUGAAUGGGACAACGUCCGCACUCACGGAGUUGUACGCGGGGACCGACUUCUCCGCUCUCAACUGGUUCGAGCAGCAAUGGGUCGCUUGGUACAUCUACAUCGGCAACCCCAUCGUCGCGACGGGCUUGAUGAGCUUUUUGCUGCAUGAGAUCGUCUAUUUCGGUCGUUCCAUCCCAUGGAUCAUCAUCGACGCGAUGCCCUACUUCCGCAAGUGGAAGCUCCAGCCUAACAAGAUUCCUACACCCGCCGAGCAAUGGGCCUGCACUAAGCAGGUUCUCUUCUCACAUUUCACGAUCGAGCUCCCGGCAAUCUGGCUCUUCCACCCUAUGGCUGAAUCCUUCGGCAUGAAGACGUACCAAGUCCCUUUCCCCAGCCUCAAGAUCAUGGCUCCCCAGAUCUUCCUGUUUUUCUUCUUUGAGGACUUCUUCCACUUCGUUGCCCACCAAGCUCUGCACACCGGUGUCCUCUACAAGCACAUCCACAAGAUCCACCACAAGUACUCAGCACCCUUCGGUCUCGCUGCGGAAUACGCCCACCCGGCUGAGGUCUUCAUCCUCGGAGCUGGUACCAUCCUCGGUCCUAUCCUGUACUGCUACUUCACGCAAAACUUGCACAUCGUGACCGUCUAUAUUUGGAUCGUCCUCCGUCUCUUCCAAGCUAUUGAUGCCCACUCUGGCUAUGACUUCCCCUGGUCACUGCACAACAUCGUUCCCUUCUGGUCCGGGGCCGAGCACCACGACUUCCACCAUAUGGCUUUCACCAACAAUUUCUCGACCUCCUUCCGCUGGUGGGACAGGAUCUUUGGCACCGACACCAAGUACCGCGAGUACCGUGCCCGUGUCAAGGCCGCCAAGAAGGCAAUGACCAAGGAGCAGCAGCUCGAGUUCGAGCGCAAGCUCAUGGCGCAGGUCGAGGCCGAGGGCAUCGUCGCUGAGGCGGAGGCGGAGAAGAUGAGCUUGCUUGGAGGUAACAAGAAGAACAAGGUCCAAUAG